AUGAUUUCUUCUACGUUUAAGCGUCUCUCUCUCGCUGGAAACACUUUACAUUUCUUUCGUCUUUCUUUCCCGCCUUUUUACGCCUGCUCAGAAAGGUGCCCUCGUCUCUCUCUCUCUCUCUCUCUCUCUCUCUCUCUCUCUCUCUAUCCCUAUCUCUCAUAUAUAUCCACAUUUUAUAUGUCUCCCUUACUUAUCCUCUUUCCUAUAUUUAUCCUUUCCUCUUUUUCUUCCCCUCUUUCUUUCCUUCUCACUACUUCCGUUACUACUCCCGUCCUCUCUCUCUCUCUCUUUCCCUCUCUCUCAUAUAUAUUCACAUUUUAUAUGUCUCCCUUUCUCGUCCUCUUUUUUAUAUUUAUCCUUUCCUCUUUUUCUUUCUUUCUUUCUUUCCUUCUGACUACUUCUGUUACUACCUCCACCCUCUCUCCCCCUCUCUCUCUCUCUCUCUCUCUCUGUUGCUACUUACCGAGUUCCGUUCAUUUGCAUUUUUUGAGAAAAUGUUUUAUCUGUCGAUUUUCAGUUAUUUUUUUAAUUGUUUUUCUUUUCGCUGAUGAACAAAAUAGAAAGCAAAUCCUGACGAAAAUGUCGCAUCAAGAUCUGCCAAAUCUCUGUCUCCAGGUCAAUUUUACUUGUCCAAUCACUGCGAAUCUAUCUCCUUGUAACUCAACAACGUCUUUCGAAGGAGAGUUGUUCAUACAGAAACUUCCUCUUCAUAUCUAUCUAUCUAUCUAUCUAUCUAUCUCAGUCCUUUUCAUAUCUAUCUAUCUAUCUAUCUAUCUAUUUCCUGCUUACAACAUCGAAAGCGUAACUUGUGACUACUCGCUCUCUCUCUCUCUCUCUCUCUCUCUCUCAGUAUAA